AUGGCUCAAGAAAAUGUGAAAAGAUCACCUUCUCAAAUAAAAUACACCAUGGUUAAAUCCAUCAUAAGAUUACUUGUGUUUUUAGUGUUUCUGGGUUUACUUUGCAUUUUCAUUAUGAUGCCUACAGCAACUUUCAGAAAAAAAUGGAAUCCGAAAAUUCGAGCAAAGACUAAUUCUACUUAUUUUGGUGUUCAAGGUUUUAGGAUUCUUAUAUUCACUUUUCCAGUCAUGUUAGUUGCUACUCUCGGAUGUGUUUAUAUCCACAUAGCCAAAAAAUCAAAUGAAAUUGGCAAUGGCAAGAAACAUGAAUCAACAAUAUGGAAACGUCCAAUGCUUGUAAAAGGUCCUCUUGGGAUUGUUUCAAUGACAGAAAUAACUUUCUUGCUUAUGUUCAUUGCUCUUCUUGUUUGGACUUUUGCAACUUAUUUACAUAAUGACUUUGUAGCAAUUGCAUCAUCACCAAAGGAAGAAGACGGCCCUAAAGUGUGGCAAGAGAAAUUGGAGAGUGUGGGAUUAAGGUUAGGACUUGUCGGAAACAUAUGUUUAGUGUUGUUGUUUUUUCCAGUGGCACGUGGCACGUCCGUGCUACCAAUGUUUGGGCUCACUUCUGAGGGUUGCAUUAAGUACCAUAUAUGGCUUGGGCACGUGCUCAUGAUGAUUUUCACAGCUCAUGGAGUUUGUUAUAUUAUCUAUUGGGCAUCUACUAAUCAAAUUUCACAGAUGUUAAAAUGGAAUAAAGUUGGAGUAUCACAAAUAGCUGGAGAGAUAUCUUUGCUUGCUGGUUUGUUUUUAUGGGUUGCAACUAUUCCAAAAGUUAGAAGAAAAUUUUUUGAACUCUUUUUCUACACUCAUAAUUUAUACAUUAUCUUCAUCAUCUUCUUCAUUUUUCAUGUUGGCAUUGCUUUUGCCUACAUUAUGCUUCCUGGUUUCUAUCUCUUCAUGGUUGAUCGUUACCUACGAUUCCUCCAAUCUAGAUGCCAAGUUCGUUUAGUUUCGUCUCGUAUUUUGUCUUGUGAAGUCGUUGAACUCAACUUCUCUAAGGGUCAUGAGUUGAGUUAUAAUCCAACAAGUGUGAUGUUCAUAAAUGUUCCAAGCAUAUCAAAAUUGCAAUGGCAUCCAUUUACUAUUACUUCUAAUAGUAACUUGGAGCAAGAUAAGCUAAGUGUUGUAAUUAAAAGUGAAGGAACUUGGACACAAAAGCUUUAUCAAUUGCUCUCCAAUCCUUUGCCGAUCGAUCGCCUUCAAAUAUCCGUCGAAGGUCCUUAUGGACCCACUUCAACAAAUUACCUAAGGCAUGAUACACUUGUGAUGAUAAGUGGAGGAAGUGGCAUAACACCAUUUAUCUCAAUCAUUAGAGAGCUAAUAUAUCAUAGCACAACAUUCAAAUGCAAAACACCAAACAUUCUCCUAAUUUGUUCAUUCAAAAACACUUCAUCUCUCUCAAUGCUAGAUUUGAUCCUACCAAUUUCAAGCACACCACAAGACAUAUCUAACAUGCAACUACAAAUUGAGGCUUACAUCACAAGAGAUAAAGAGUUUAAACCAGAUACUCCAAUUCAUCCUCAAACUUUAUGGUUCAAGCCAAAUCCAACAGAUGCACCAAUACGCGCUAUAUUAGGUCCAAACGGUUGGAUCUGGCUUGGUGCUAUAAUCUCGUCCUCGUUCAUCAUCUUCCUUAUCAUAAUCGGAAUCAUUACUCAUUACUAUAUUUUUCCUAUUGAUCAUAACACAAAUAAGAUAUUCUCGUAUACUCUAAGGUCAUUCCUUCAUAUGCUAGUAAUAUGUGUUUCGGUAGCUGUUGUUGCUAGUGUCGCAGUACUUUCGAACAAGAAACAGAAUGCUAAAGAAGCUAAACAGAUUCAGAACAUGGAAGGGUCAACACCAACAGUGUCACCGAAUUCAAUGAUUUAUAAUGCAGAUAGAGAAUUGGAAAGCUUUCCUUAUCAGUCACUUGUUCAAUCUACCAAUGUGCACUACGGGGCAAGACCUGACUUGAGUCGACUUCUAUUAGAAAUCAAAGGGUCAAGUGUGGGAGUUUUUGCAUCAGGACCUAAGCAACUGAGACAAAAUGUUGCAACCAUUUGUUCAUCUGGUUUAGUUGAAAAUAUGCAUUUCGAAUCAAUCAGUUUUACCUGGUGA